AAAGGGUUCACUUCCGGUAGCAACGGAAGCAGUUUGAAGAUGGCGUCUUCCAAGCAGGGCGGGCCAGCUACAGCGUCUAGGAAAAGUGAAUUUCGUAGCCAGAAGCCGAAGCCGGAGAGCCGAGAUGAAUCAGAACUCCUCACUGUUCCUGAUGGUUGGAAGGAGCCAGCUUUUUCCAAAGAGGACAAUCCCAGAGGACUCUUGGAGGAGAGCAGUUUUGCAACUUUGUUUCCAAAAUAUAGAGAGGCUUACUUGAAAGAGUGCUGGCCAUUGGUACAGAAAGCCUUGAGUGAACAUCAUGUUAAUGCAACCCUGGACCUGAUCGAGGGCAGCAUGACUGUCUGUACAACAAAGAAGACAUUUGAUCCAUAUAUCAUCAUUAGGGCCAGAGACCUAAUAAAGCUGUUAGCAAGGAGUGUUUCAUUUGAACAGGCAGUACGAAUUCUUCAGGAUGAUGUUGCAUGUGACAUCAUUAAAAUAGGUUCUUUAGUAAGAAAUAAAGAAAGAUUUGUAAAAAGAAGACAACGGCUUAUUGGUCCCAAAGGAUCUACGUUGAAGGCGUUGGAACUCUUAACAAACUGUUACAUUAUGGUACAGGGGAACACGGUUUCAGCCAUUGGACCUUUUAGUGGCUUAAAAGAGGUUCGAAAAGUAGUCCUAGACACUAUGAAGAAUAUUCAUCCAAUUUAUAACAUUAAAACCUUAAUGAUUAAACGAGAGUUGGCGAAAGAUUCUGAGUUAAGAUCACAGAGUUGGGAAAGAUUUUUGCCACAGUUCAAGCACAAAAAUGUGAAUAAACGCAAGGAACCAAAGAAGAAAACUGUUAAGAAGGAGUAUACACCAUUCCCACCACCACAGCCAGAAAGUCAGAUUGAUAAAGAAUUGGCUACUGGUGAAUACUUUCUGAAGGCAAGUCAAAAGAAGAGACAGAAAAUGGAAGCAAUAAAGGCUAAACAAGCAGAAGCUCUUAGUAGGAGACAAGAGGAAAGAAACAAAGCGUUUAUUCCACCUAAAGAAAAACCAGUUGUGAAACCUAAGGAAGCUUCUACGGAAACUAAAAUUGAUGUGGCCGCCAUCAAGGAAAAGGUUAAGAAAGCAAAGAGUAAGAAACUGGGAGCUCUUACAGCUGAAGAGGUUAAGCUUAAAAUGGAAGCAGAUGAAAAGAAAAAGAAGAAAAAAAAGUAACAUACAAAAAACAAAAACAAAAAACCCUGAGCUAGAAUUUAUUAAGCUAUCUCCUUUUGUAAAGGAUUUUGAGAUACUAGGGCAUUAGUUGCCUUAUCCGUGAGAAGUAAUACCCUGAUCACUUUUUUCUGAGUUUGUUUUGUUCUUUAUAACAGUGUUUAUAUAAACAGCAAUUCUUUAUAAAUUAUUGUAUUCUCCAUGUUUUUUGAAAAAUUUUAUACUAGAAGGUGGUAUAUAUGUGUUUAUAUGCAUUGCACCUAAUCUAAUCUAUUCCAGGCAGGUUUUGUCUAGGCAUGGUUUUAGGGGUAAUUCUUAAGAUUGUUUAUAUAAAGAUUUUUGCAGUGUGGCUACUGUAAUUAUCCAUCAAAUCCAAUGUCUGAGGCCAUUGGUUAGUCUUUAAAUGUAAUCAUGUCCCAGCAUUUGGUUUUGAGGAAGAUAGAUUUUUCAGUGCUCUAAUGGCAACAAGUAAACAUUUAGGUUUAUCCCUUUUUGUAAUCUCAUUUUACAUUUUGUUCCAAGAUUAAUCCAUAAUCCAAAAAAGCAAGGCCUUUUAAAUUAAUUCCCUUAAUUACUAUACCAAUAUGAGUCUGAGGAAGUAGUAAACCAGAAAGACAUCAAAUUUGCAAGAGAACAGGGAAAACCAGAUAUUUAGAGUUGAAGCAGCAUGCAACAGGUUAUAUAGAAAUGUUUUUACUGAUGAGGGCCAGGACUCACCUAAAUCUAGCUCACUGAUUUUACAUAUUUAGAAGCUAAGGCAUACAGGGGAUAGGUUACUCACUGAAAGUCACAGCUGUGGCAGCCUGAAAAACAAUGCU